CUGCCCAGAACUUUGUCAGCAAAAGCAAUUCAGGACAAACCGACAACUGGCAAGUAUUGUGGAAAUAGCCAAGAAAUUCAGCCUGCAGAGGGACAGAGGGACAGAGGCACUGAGGCACUGGGAAGAGUGUGCGAGAGACACCAGGAACCUCUGAAACUCUUCUGCGAAGAAGAUCAGGCCCCCAUCUGUGUGGUGUGUGACAAAUCCAAGGAGCACAGGCAGCACAAGGUGAUUCCAAUGGAAGAGGCUUUUGAAGAGUACAAGGGGUGGGGAACGUUUUUCAGCCUGAGAGCCACAUCCAAGGAGCACAGGGAGCACAAGGUGAUUCCAAAGGAAGAGGCUUUUAAAGAGUACAAGAUGGCAAGUUUUGAAGCAUGUCCUUUUACCUUUGAAGGCAUGAAGACUAAAAAGCCAACACUGGAGACAAAUACAGCCAAGAAUGCAACAGUCAGUAUGGAAGACUUUAUGUUGAAAUUAGAUACGAUACACCAAGAGUUGAAGCUGCUCAGGGCUCAGUUGGCAGCAUUAGACCAAGUAAGAGAAGCUCAGAGAAGAAUUUUCCCUGAAAUGGAAGUCAGAUCACGUAAUUUUUGGAGUUAACAACCUGGAAUUCAAUAUGGUAUUUUCAGAAUGUCUGUAAACAUUCAAGUUUUAGUUAUAGUUAAUUGAAUUUUAAUAUAAUUUAAACAGAUUAUUGAAACUAAUACAAAUUAACAGUUUAAAAACUACAUACAUGAAUAAAUAUUAUUACGUACAUAUAUUUCUUAAUAUU